AUGGGCCCCACAGAGCCGAGGCUGGAGGGGUCGUGGUGCCACGCAAGGAGCACCCCGGGGCUGGGGAAAAGCGGCACCAGCGCCUGGCUCUGGGUCCCUGUCCCUGGCGAUUCCCUGCCCACGGCGCAGCCCAGCGGGCAGGACCCGCCCGUGCCCGGCGCUCGCAUCCCUUUGUCACGGCUGGAGGAGCCUGGGGGGCUGCCCAUGGUGGGCUGGCGACUCAGGGCGGACAGGGAGGGCGGCCCCGCUGUCCCCGCUGCCCGCCCCAGGCAUGGAGCCGGCGGGGCCAGCGGCAGGGACAUGAGCGGGGACACGAGCGGGGACAGCCCGGCUCAGCCCCGGCAGCCGCAGCCGUCCCAGCGCUCCCCGGCCGGGGGACCCCGACCCCGCCGCCCCCGUUACCUCCGCAGGGCGGCCCGGCCGCUCCGCUGCGCUCCCCUCCGAGCCGCUCCCUCCGAGCCGCUCCCCGCCGCUCCUCUCCGCCUGCCCGGCCCUGGCCCCGCCGUUUUAUGGCCGGGAAGGCGGCGAGCGCCGUCCCCCGCUGUCCCCGGGACCGCCUUCCCUCCGCCUUGCCCCCGCCUCCAUCCCCCGCCGCCCGACCGGGGCCCCCAGCCCCGCAUCGCCCGGCCCCGCAUGCCCCCCACGCUGGGCUUUCAUUUCACCCACAAAUCGUUUCCUGUUCUGAGACUCCUCACCACGGAACCCCCUGCAUUUCUCCCGGCCGGCCUGGACUUUGAGCUGCACUUGGAGAAGCGUUACGAGUGGACCUCCAGCAGCUUGGAGGAGAGGAAAGCCUUCCUCAGGUGCUUGUGGAAGCUGAACCGGCGUGUCCCCUUUGUGAACGUCCCCUCGGGUGCAGUGGAAGGGAUGCAGAGGCCCCAGGAGGACGGGAAGGAGGCUGAGCUCCGGGAGGAGCUGGGCGCGUACCAGGAGGUGACUCCGGAGGAAGCUGCGGAUGUGCUGGAGCUGAUGGAGGAGCACGAGCCCCUGCUGGACAACUCCGUGGCCUUCGCAGAGCAGCUGAGCCGGGAGCUCCAGGGGCUGGAGGAGGCCAACCUCGGCGCCCUCAUCUCCUCGGAGCAGCAGGUGGCCCAGCUGAUGAGCUCCAUCGACGAGGCCCUGGCAGAGGUGGCCAGGGUGGAGGAGACCCUGCAGGUCUACGACGAGCUCCUGGGAAGCGUGAAGCAGCAGAUGGAUCACAUCCACCGGGAAAACUCCCUGCUGCACCGCAUGGCGUCCAACAGGGCGAGGCUGAUGGAUGAGAUCCUGUUCCUCACGAGCCGGCUGCACCUGAGCAAGGAGCACCGCGACGCCCUGAGCCGGGCGGAUCUGUCCAGCCCCGCAGCAGUCGGAGCCUGCACGGCUGCAGCAGAGGCUCUGUCCGCCUGCAUGGACAUUCCCAUCCAUCCCAGUUACCGGAAGCUGCAGGCGGUGGCUGAGCAGCUGAUCCUGUUUGAAACCCUCAAGCAGAACUUUGAGAGCUCCUUCAUCAACCACAUCACCAGCAUCUUCGAGCUGCAGGGUAACUCUCAGGCCCCUGCUCUUGCUCACCCCAUUGGCAUCGUGGCUGCCCCAAGCCAUGGGCCCCACCAUGAGGAGCUGCUGCCCUACACACCCCUCAUGGCCUGGCUAAGGAACAUCAACCCUGUUCUGUUCUGGGACCUCGCCAAGGUCUACUCCCAGAACCUCGGCAGGCUCUACGAGCGGGAAAUCAAAGCCCUUUUUGAACAGGCCAAGAUGUCCCUGUUGGGAAGAAGAAAAGGAAGUCUGCAGGAAACGUGGGAGAAGCCGAUGGGGAACAGGCAGCAGCCCUGGUGGAGCCUCCCCGGGAGCAGGGAGAGCCAGGAGGACGCCCCAGACAGGGGGAACAUCAGCAAGGUGUUGGAGCAGGUGCUGAGAGAGCUGCAGCCCCUUUGCACCUCGGAGCAGCAAUUCCUGCAGGAAUUCUUCUUCCGACUGGGCCACGACUCCGUGGAGCUGCAGGCGCUGGAGGUGAAGGCAUCUGCCACUAAGGGAGGAGAGCCCACGGCACCUCCAGAGGAUCCUCCUCGUACCAAGGGCCAGAGCCAGCCAGAAGAAGCCACAGCCCAACUGCUGAGUGAGAUCUUCAGCUGCCUGGAGCCGGAGCUGAGGGCGUUUCUGGGUAUCUGCAGCAAGGUCCACCCACUGGGCUGCCUGCAGGUCCUGGUGACCUUGAGUGACUCCGUGUUUGGGACCUGGGGCUCCCCCUCAGCUGCCCCCUCGUCCUUCCUCCGCACCCUCCUGGGGAAUGUGUUGCUCCUGGCCAAGAGCAACUUCAACAAAUGCAUCGGGACCAUGUGCAAGGAGAUCGAGGAGGCCAAGGCUCCCAGCAGGAUGAGAGGGGGGAUCCUGCCCUGCGUCAGCCGCUUCCAGGAGUUCGUGGCCUUCUCCGAGGAGGUGUUCCGGACAUCCCGGCGCUGGGGGGAGCUGGACAAGGCCCAGCUUAGGCUGGCCAGCAGCGUCUUCAGCAGCAUCAAGGGCCUGUCCUCAGCAAACCUGAGGGUGAACACGGAUAUGGUGAUGAUGGAAAAUUUCCACCACAUCCACAACUUCCUGUGCCAAAAGAACAUCCUCUGCCUGGAGGGCAAGAAGAGAGAAGCCAAGCAAAGGUCCAGGGAGCACAUGGAGAAAUUCGUCACCACAUACCUGGGCCAGCCCCUGGAGGGGCUCAAUCAUUUCUUUGAGGGGGUGAAAGCCCGCCUGGCUCAGGGGGUGAAGGAAGAGGAGGUCAGCUUCCAGCUGGCCUACAGCAAGCAGGAACUCCGGAAAGUCAUCGAAAAAUAUCCUGGCAAGGAGGUCAAAAGAGCCCUGGAGACCCUCUACAGGAAAAUCCACAAACAUCUGUCCCCAGAGGAAAAUCUGCUGCCGGUGGUGUGGCAAGCCAUGGAGCAGGAGUUCAUCCGGCAGUACCGAGAGUUUGAGGAGCUCAUCCAACACUGCUACGCGGGAUCAGGGAUUGCCCUGGACUUCACCAUGGAGGACUUGCUGAGCUACUUCAACUCCAUCACCGUGUCCAACAUGUAGGGAAAUCCCUCCCUGGAUGUUGGGAGCAGCCCAGGAGUCCUUAUCUGCAGCCACACCUUCGAGGAGCUGAACACAAAACAUUCCCAAGUUGGAUAUUUAUGUUCCUAUCCUGAACUUAAUCCCAAAGUACCUCCGCCUUAUUGCUCCUGGACUAAAUCUCCCUCAGGGAAGUGGAGUUGUCGGACCCAAACCACAACUUCCCUGCUCCAAGAAACCAUUUUGCUGCUAGGAAAUGUCCCUCGAAGCCUCAGAUUUCCACCAGAGCGAGCGCUGGUGCUGCGCCUCCUCAGCAGACCAUUCCCAACAGAAAAGCAUCUUCUCUCCAGGGGCUUUCUCCUUCUUUUCUGUGCUCGAAUUUCACAGUGGCCCUGUGCUAAACCAGAGGGUUAAACCUCAUGGAGACGCCCCAUGUGUGAGGUGUUCCCACAUCCAGGUAUCCCAACAGGCACCUCUGCUCCACAGCUCUCCACUGAACGUUGCCUGGCAGAUGAAAGUC